AUGUUUACAGAGCUCAACAAUAUCUUAAAUAUCUUCCCGGAGAAGUCCUCGAAGGAAGAAUUCAUAUUGAUCUCAGAAAGAAGAGGUGACGCUGCGUUUCUCAUCCACCACUUCCUGUCCUUUUAUCUUCGAGCUCGCUGUAAAGUCUGCUUCCUGGGGCUGGCGCAGUCCUUCAGUCAUUACCACGCAGUCAGCCAGAGACUGGGGGUCAGUCUGGUCCAGGCAAAGGACAGAGGUCAGCUGGUGUUUCUGGAGGCUCUGCAGGACUCUCUCUCACAUCUGAUUCCACAAAACCAUCAGACAGGAAGUGACACACUGAACUUCCUCAGGGAUCCUACAGAAGGCCUCCAGAAGCUGUUCCACUUUGUGCUCUCCAGUACCAGCUCUGUGGGGGCCCCUGAGGGCAGUGGGGGGGCGGAGGAGUGGGGGCCCCCUGUGCUCCUGGUGGAUGAUGUCAGCCUCCUCCUGAGCCUCGGGGUGAGCGUGGGGGCCGUCUUGGACUUCAGCCACUACUGCAGAGCCACAGUCUGCUCCAAGCUACAGGGAAACGUGGUGAUGCUGCUGCACUGUGAGGAAGAGGAGGAGGAGGAUGGAGAUGAUGAAGGUGCAGAGCUGCUGCUGAGAGGCCUGACUCACCAGAGCUCGCUGGGUCUUCAUGUCCAGGGUCUGCCCACCGGCUACUGCAGGGACAUCCACGGACAGAUGGAGGUUACCUGGAGGAUUCCACAGCCUGAUACUCCCCUCCCUAGGUCCCUGCUCAGUCCCUGCUCAGCCUGUGGGUCAGUCUGUGGAUCAGACUCUGACAACACUCGGCUUCAGGAGGGUUUCUCUCCUCCUGCGGGACAUGGUUCUUCUGCUGUUUUAGCCUCCGGGACCCGGGCUCCUCAGAGGACACACACGGCCCCGGACACGGCGAUACCUGCCGCUAACAGAGUGAAGUUUAUCCAGGCAAUGUUCACCGCGGAGUGUGGCACAGACGCUGCUGAAGGCGCUACCACAGUCGUACCACCGUCGUACCACCGUCGUACCACCGUCGUACCACCGUCGUACCACAGUCGUACCACAGUCGUACCAUCGUCCCACCAUUAUGCAACGCUGGCUGUGGCCGUGGCCAGGACGCCGUCUCGCCGCCCAUGUCAGUGCACUGACCCUGUCAGUGCAGAGAACGCCUUCAAACUGGGCAUUCUGGGAAGUGUAGCCAAGAGGUCCCUGGAUGCCCCGCGGCGGCCCCCCCUCCCUCGCUCUCUCUCUGAUGGCGUGCAGCUGAUCCCUCCCUUCAGGAUGACGCUGACGGAGCAGCUCAGAGAAACCAUCUCUGCAGCGUUUUACCGCCACGGUCUGCUCUGCGCCUCCUACCCCGUCCCUAUCAUCCUCUUCACCUCCGCCAGCAUCCUUUCCUGCUGCUACCCCCUGCUGAGGCUGCCUCUGCCCGGGACAGGCCCAGUGGAGUUCACCACAGGGGUCCGGGACUACAGCAGCCCGUCCUCAGAGCCCCAUGCAGACCUGGGGGAGAGCCCAGACUGGUACCAUGGCGUCCCUGUGGCCUACAUCCAGCAGGUCCUGGUGAAGGCGGCCGUGUCUCCGUGGGACAGUCACAUGGUUCCGGUGGACGCCUUCCGCUCUCCUCUGGGCCGAGUGUUCGAGCUGCUGGAGGAGAUCCGUAACCACGGCAACAAUGACGGCUCGGGGGUGCGCAGCCUGGAGAGCCUCUGUCUGCAGGUCACUGAUCUGUUGCCGGGGUUACGCAGGAUGCAGUCUGUCCUCCCGGAGCACGGCUGCCUCAUCGUCUCUCCAGGAAACUACUGGCAAAACCAACGAGAGCUGUUCGACACCGACUCAGACCUCCUCAAGACCAUCCAGAAACACGAACCCAAGGGCCUGAGUACCUCUGCUACACUCAGAGACCUGCUGUUCGGAGUCCCAGGGAAGUUCACUGGAGUCAGUCACUACAACAGGAAGAGAGUGGUCACAUACACCAUCACUGUGGUGCUGAGCAGAUACGACGCCAGCUUCAUGAGGAGUCUGCGUUCCCGUCUGAAGCAGCUCUAUCCUUCGUCCAACUGCAGCCUCCGAGACGACCACAUGGUCCACGUUCACUUCAAAGAAGAGAUCGGUGUCGCCGAGCUCAUCCCCCUGGUCACCACCUACAUCAUCCUCUUCGCCUACAUCUACUUCUCCACACGUAAGAUCGACAUGGUGAAGUCCAAGUGGGGCCUGGCUCUGGCGGCGGUGGUCACGGUGCUCAGCUCUCUGCUCAUGUCUGUGGGUCUCUGUACGCUCUUCGGACUCACACCGACGCUCAACGGAGGAGAGAUCUUCCCGUACCUGGUGGUGGUGAUCGGUUUGGAGAAUGUUCUGGUUCUGACCAAGUCUGUGGUUUCGACACCUGUGGACCUGGAGGUCAAGCUGCGCAUCGCCCAAGGUCUGAGUAACGAGAGCUGGUCCAUCAUGAAGAACAUGGCCACUGAGCUCUGCAUCAUUCUCAUUGGUUACUUCACUCUGGUGCCUGCCAUCCAGGAGUUCUGUCUGUUCGCGGUGGUCGGUCUGGUCUCAGACUUCUUCUUACAGAUGUUCUUCUUCACCACCGUCCUCUCCAUCGACAUCCGCCGCAUGGAGCUGGCAGACCUGAACCGUCGCCUCCCGGCUGAAGCAGGGCUGCCUCCCCCUAAACCCGGGCCCCUGAGAGCUCGUGAGGCCCCCCCUCCCUCCCGGCCCUCCCCCCACACCAUCACCCUGCAGACCCCCCCCCUGCGGAGCUUCCCCCGCCUCCCCAAGCGCCUCAGAGUGGUCUACUUCCUGGCUCGCACCCGCCUGGCUCAGCGCAUCAUCAUGGCCGGGACAGUGAUCUGGAUUGGGAUCCUUCUCUACACAGACCCGGCUGGUCUCAGGACCUUCCUGGCGGCUCAGGUCUCUGAGCAGGAUGCUCUGUCUGACCCCGGGGCAGCUGUGGCUCCGGUGUUCCGCGGUGCAGACCCCACCAGCACCUUGAGCCUCCCCCCUCCCCCCUCCCCCACCCCGCUCCCAGAGAACCAGUCCCAGGGCCACCAGGCCGACCCGGGCCUCCUGUCUCACCACGCAGACCCUGGGCUCCUCUCGCACCUCACCCACCCCCCUGCACAGCCUCACCUCCCCCCCGCACAGCCUCACCUCCCCCCCGCACAGCCUCACCUCCCUCCUGCAGACCCUCACCUCCCUCCUGCAGAUCCUCACCCCCCCCCCGCACACCCUCACCUCCCUCCCGCAGACCCUCGCCUCCCCCCCGCAGACCCUCGCCUCCCGCCCGCAGACCCUCGCCUCCCCCCCGCAGACCCUCGCCUCCCCCCUGCAGACCCGGUGCUUCAGAUCACAUGGGGAGCGGAGGACGAGGAGGGCUGGAGGAGGCUGUCCUUCAGGCACUGGCCCUCGCUGUUCGGUUAUUACAACAUCACUCUGGCAAAGAGGUACAUCAGUAUCCUGCCUGUGAUCCCGGUCACGCUGCACCUGAGCCCCCAGGAGGCCAUGGACACCCGCCACCCCCACGACACCCCGCCUCCCCCCUCCCCCCCCCCAUCCCCCCCAGACUCCCCCCGGACCUGCAGACGGACAUCACCCUCUACAAAGUUGCAGCCCUGGGUAUUGCCGCUGAACGGAGUGGCCACCGGGCGGCGCCGUCGAGGAGACCUGCCCUGCGACGACUACGGCUACUCCCCACCAGUGAGCGAGAUCUCCCCCCUGCUGCUGCGUGGACACUGCAUGGACAUCGAGUGCUUGGCCAGUGAUGGGAUGCUGCUGGCCAGCUGUUGUCUGGCAGGACAGAUCCGAGUGUGGGACGCCCAGACCGGGGACUGUCUGACCGUCAUCCCCAAGAACACCCUCAGACGCAGCAGUAGCAGCAGUGGUUGUUGGGAGCAGAGGGACGGUUGGGACAGCAGCACGGGCCCCGACUCUGAGGCCCCGAGCUCCGAGGCCCAGGACCUCUCCCUGGGAACAGACCUGCCCUCAGACGACGAGGGAUACUCGGUCCCCGUGAGGCGCCGCUCCACCCCCCUGCGCCCCGCCCUGUUCUUGGACCAGCCCGACCUCACGCCGCUCAUCGACACCAACUUCAGUGUGACCUCUGACCCCAGCUCUCCCCCCUCUCACCCCUGCACUCCCCCUGGGGGAGGGGGUUUUGACUUCGGGGGGCUGGUAGAGAGGGCCUACCUGGAGCACGAGCCCCCCUUCCCCUGUGCCUCCCCCCUCUCCUGCUCUCCCCCCUCCACAGUCCAGCCGCCGCAGAGGAGGGGGAGUGUGGGGGAGACGGCUGUGCCACAGGAGAGGGGGGGAGGGAGAGCCGACUGGGACAGCUCUGUGUGGGCCAUGGAGCUGAGGGGGAACCUGAUCGCAGCGGGACGGAGCAGCGGCAAACUGGAGAUGUGGGACGCGGUGGAGGGGACUCUGCGAUGUGUGAACGACGACGGCGUCUCCGGGAUCACGGCGCUGGCUUUUCUCAACAACAGGAUCGUAGCAGCGCGACUGAACGGGUCCUUGGACUUCUUCACCAUCGAAAUAAACAAACCUCUGGGUCUGCUGCAGUACAGAGGUCCCUCCGGUCGCUCCUCUCUGCCCUCCUCUCCUUGCUACUCCUCUGAGGACCUCCUCAGUUGUCAGCUCACUCGCUCGGUGCAGUGCGCUCAUCAGAAACCCAUCACGGUCCUGAAGGCGGCGGCAGGACGAGUGGUGACGGGGAGUCAGGACCACACUGUCCGGGUUUAUCGUCUUGAAGACUCGUGUUGUCUGUUCACGCUCCAGGGUCACUCUGGAGGAAUCACUGCUGUUUACAUCGACCAAACCAUGGUCCUGGCCAGCGGGGGGCAGGAUGGAGCCAUCUGUCUCUGGGACGUCCUGACAGGAAGUCGUGUCAGCCAUGUUUACGGUCACCGCGGCGACGUGACCUCGCUGGUCUGUACCUCCACCUGCGUCAUCAGCUCCGGCCUCGACGACCUCAUCUGCAUCUGGGACCGGAGUACUGGGGUCAAGAUCUACUCUAUACAGCAGGAGGUGGGUUGCGGCGCGAGCCUGGGUGUGAUCUCCGAGUCUCUGCUGGUGACGGGAGGCCAGGGCUGCGUCUCCUUCUGGGACCUGAGUUACGGGGACCUCCUGCAGACCGUGUACCUCGGCCCCAGCGCGGACGGUCAGGGCGUGCGGCAGCUGCUGGUGCUCGACAACGCCGCCAUCGUCUGCGACUUCGGCAGCGAGCUCAGCCUGGUCUACGUGCCGUCCGUCCUGGAGAAGCUGGACUGA